GGUAUUGAUGUAACGGCUUAAGCGACUUGAACUUUUUUUUUGGUCUUCGUUUUCUUCCCCGGUAUAUGCAUCGUAUAUUCCGUAGACAUAAUAAAAUACAUAUGUGAUGAGUACAUAUUUCUUAUUUUGCAUAUGUAAUGAAACGAACCAACCAUAUAAUGUUAUUUUUUUGUCUCUACCCUUAUUAUAAAGUAACCACCGUAGCACCGCUUUGAUCAGAUCCCUCUAAUCCUACCACUUCGUUUUGGUCUCUUAAUUGACUGGUUUCCUUCCGCCUCGAAGCGAUCUUCUCGGUGCUGUGCUGCCGUGUAAUUUCGCCGCCGGCCUCAACAAGUCGGUAACUCGAACGCCUCGAAGUUUAAAAACAUCAGGGGCAAGCCAGUCUUUGCAUAAGUAGCCUAAGUAGUAGGUGUCGUCGUCAGCAAGACUACUUGAGGUGGCUUUCCAUUAAGAGAACCUGUCUACACGGACGAGUGCCGCUCCUCUUCCCCUCGUCAAGACUGAAUCGAGCCAUUGAAUUUGUUGGGAUACGUCUUGGGCAACUCGCAACUACGACAAGAGGAGGAUAAGAAAUUGUAGCCGCCCAGAUUACAAUUUUCGUCCCCCAUUAUGGCUUCUACCGUCGCCACUGGCGUUCCGCGCCAGAAUCCCGCCCUUCGGCGGACCAUCACGUCCACCACAGCCGACACGGAUGUCUCCUCGCCUUCUACGGCAAUGGGUUCCCCAAUUGACUCUCCUAGGCCAUCCGCAUCUUCUACUUCACUCUCCUCGAUGUCUUCUAUCGAACCCAGCACUAAUUCGUACGGCAAAUUGAUCGACACCUACGGGAACGAGUUCGAGAUUCCGGACUAUACCAUCAAGGACAUUCACGACGCCAUCCCCAAACACUGCUUCGAGCGAUCCGCGGUCAAAGGUCUGUACUAUGUCUUCCGUGACAUCGUCCAGCUGGCAACCGUCUUCUACAUCUUCCACACCUAUCUAAGUCCGGAAAAUGUCCCUUAUACUCCGGCUCGUGUUGCCCUAUGGGGUCUGUACACCUUCAUCCAGGGCCUCUCCGGCACAGGUAUCUGGGUGUUGGCUCACGAAUGUGGUCACCAGUCCUUCAGCACUUCCAAGGUUCUGAACGAUACCGUGGGUUGGAUCCUGCAUUCCUCUCUUCUGGUGCCUUAUUUCAGUUGGAAGAUCUCACACGGCAAGCACCACAAGGCAACCGGCCACAUGGAGCGAGACAUGGUCUUCGUUCCUAGGACUCGCGAGGAGAGGGCUAGUCGCGUCGGGAAGCUAGUUCACGAACUUGGAGAAUUGGGUGAGGAGACACCUAUCGUCACUUUCCUCAAUCUCCUCGGACAGCAACUUAUCGGUUGGCCCAACUACCUCUUAACCAACAUCACCGGGCACAAUUGUCACGAACGCCAGAGAGAGGGCCGCGGAAAGGGCAAGAAGAACGGCUGGUUCAGCGGCGUCAACCACUUCAACCCCUCAAGUCCCCUCUUCGAGGCUAAGGACGCUAAGUUGAUCGUGUUAAGCGACAUUGGUUUGGCCAUCACCAUCUCCGUCCUAGUGCUCCUCGGCAACAAGUACGGCUGGGACAACCUCCUGGUCUGGUAUUUCCUGCCCUAUCUCUGGGUCAACCACUGGCUUGUUGCUAUCACCUUCUUGCAGCACACCGACCCAUCUCUGCCCCACUACAAACCCGAGUCGUGGAACUACGUUCGUGGCGCCGCCGCGACGAUCGACCGGGAAUUUGGCUUUAUCGGCCGCCAGCUGAUGCACGGCAUUAUCGAGACCCACGUCCUUCACCACUACGUUUCCACCAUCCCCUUCUAUAACGCCGACGAGGCUAGCGAUGCUAUUAGGAAGGUUAUGGGCCGCCACUACCGUUCAGACACUAGGGACGGCUCUUUCGGUUUCAUCAAGGCCAUGUGGCGUUCCGCGAGGAUGUGCCAGUGGGUCGAGCCGAGCGAGGGGGCCAAAGGCGAAGGUCAAGGUGUCCUGUUCUUCAGAAAUACCAACGGCCUGGGCACAAACCCUAUGAAGAUGAGCCCCCCUUAAGAGGGUUAUGAAGCGAAAGUAGCCGCUCGCAUCGAAGACCAUCGUUGUGUCGAAUAUCGGCCGGCAGCGAAUGCUCAAAUGGCAGCGAUGGCCAGCUUUGGAUAGCGUGCCUAAGAACAGGACGCGCUGAACGGCAUAGCGCUUGGCUGGAGCAGCCUCGAUCUAGGAUUUGCUUAGUUGAGUUAACUGGUAACUUGCAAUAGACCGGAGUCGAUAGUCUCUCAGAGCGAACCCCGUAUUUUUUGGCGUUUGCAAGAAAAGAAGUGAUCAAAAGGAAAGGGGAGUAUCAUAGAAAAAACGGGGACAAAUCAGGGAUCCAAGAGCGAAAUGAAAUAGACAUAGACUAGAUAACUAGCCAUGGUGAUGAAUGUACGCUUUGAACAAUGUUUAUGCCGUGUCCUACCACGUGGAAGUUCUAUAGAAUAGAUGUAUACCGAUGCAAUGAAAUACAAACAACGUAGGAAACAACAUUAUAUCGUAUAGACGGUCUAAGGGGAAGUCUCGAAAAAGAGAGAUGUAUGGGGAGGUCCAGUAGAGACAAGCUGGAAAUGGUGAAUACCUACAUUCCGGCCGAUCCGUGGUCUGAUCUGACCGCGCAGUGAGAGGUAGGUAACCAUACAGGUAUUCAUUUUAUUUGGAGGCCAAACAGAAGAGAGGGGCUCUUCGCGAAUCACAUCGCCAAAUCGCCAAACUCCGAAGAAGCCCCCCGCAUUCGAUCGUAC